GCUUCAUUCAAAAGACACAGGACAACAGAGUGAAUUAAAAAAAUAAUAACAAGACCCCAAAAAAAGACCCAUCUAUAUGCUGUGUACAAGAGACUCAUUUCAGACUGAAAGACAUCUGCAGAUAGAAAGUGAAGGGAUGGAGCCCCACCCAAUCAGAGGCACAGCAGGCUCAUGACUCCAGGCCUGGACGUCAGAGCUAAGAAGUGUUCAGAACCCAAGUCAUGGAUCCACCUAUGCGUAAAGAAAAUUCCAAAGUUAAACAACCUGUCAGCAAAGUUGAGAAGGCCAAGCAGAAAUCAGCCCAGCAGGAGCUGAAGCAAAGACAAAAAGCAGAGAUCUAUGACCUCAACAGAGUCAUGACAGAACCUGAGCAGCAAGAGUUCAAUGAGUUCUGUAAACAGAUGCAGCCGUCUGGAGAGUGAGCCACUCCUUGUUCAAACUAGAUGGGACCCCAGAGGCUUUGUCUGUCAGCUUGUUACUAGUUUUAGGCUGAGAUGGUUCAUUUGGAACCGUACAAAACUAGACAGGAAGACAUUUGUGUUAUCCCUAAAACUGGA